AGACUGCGAAUAUGCUUUCACUCAUUGUCUAUUAUAUUGCACAUAAUCCAGAUGUAAAGAGGAAAAUGCUAAAAGAAAUUGAUAGUAUAUUCCAAGGUGAUAAAAUGCGACCAAUUACUAAAGAUGAUUUUUAUAAUUUAGGAUAUUGUGAAGCAAUUGUAAAGGAAGUAGCGCGCAUUCAUCCAGUAGUACACUUAUUAUCAAGAUGCUUUGAUAAACCUAGUAAAAUAGCGAAAUAUCACUGGCCAGCUGAUACAGUGUUUCUAGUUAAUCUUAAAGCUAUUCACAAUAAUGAUGAUGAUUGGGAAGAACCUAAUAAAUUUAACCCUGAUAGAUGGAUGGAUGAAAAUUUUGAACCAAAGAAGAAUUCUUUUUUAAUGUUUGGUGGAGGAUUAAGACUAUGCCCAGGAAGAAAAUUGGCAACGAUUGGAUUAGUUUGUUUGAUGGCUUUAUUGUUUAGAAAAUAUGAAAUCGAUUUAGCAGAUAUGAAUACUCCUAUUAAAACUACGAGUGGCCGUGUUAUGAUUCUUAGUGUCGAUUUAUUAGUUGAAAUUAGAUUAAGAAAUUGA